AUGGCAGCUUCCACAAAACGUCGAGGAUUGACUGAACCCACAGUCAUUAAAGACAUAACCAAGUCAUGGCCAUGCUUUCGUUGGGAUGUCGAAGAUUUAUCAGAAUUACUUGGAGAUGAUAAAAUCCGCUUUCGUUUAGGUCGGAAAAACGUCGAAGGUUCGGGUUUUGAAUUUGAGGGAGAUUGCAUUUAUGAGGAAGCUACAAUGAAAGAUUUUUGUAAAUGGUGUCGACAGAACUCCACUGAAGCAGAUGACCUGCCGCAAACUAUAUCAUGUAUGUCACCAUCUAUAGAAUCGGACAGUGAUUGUAUAGACGACCCCAAGGUACACGGGUUAAAGCACAGUGAAGAAAGUGCACAUCCUACUAGUGAGGGGUCGUCAAAUCCAUUGAUGUUCUACGACAGAUCUCGUUACUGGUGCUAUGCAGAUUACAAACAUAUGAAACAGCUCUUCAAGAAUUGCCCUAGUGUUCUAGAGGAUGUGAGGUGGAGGGAUUUAGGCUUUGACCGUGAUGGAGGUCAAAGUACUAUAUGGAUAGGCAGCGAGGGUGCUAACACUCCUUGUCAUCAGGAUACAUACGGAUUCAACCUAGUGGCUCAGAUACGAGGCAGGAAAAAAUGGCACCUAUUUCCCCCAUCCCAGACGGAGCUGAUGUACCCAACCAGAAUCCCAUACGAGGAAUCAAGCGUAUUCAGUCAGGUCAAUGUGAGGUCACCAGACCUCCAGCAUCAUCCCAAGUUUGGCAGAGCUACACCUUAUGUAGCAGUCUUACACCCCGGAGACAUUCUGUUUGUUCCCAAAUCUUGGUGGCACUUUGUGGAGAGCUUGGAUACAUCUAUUAGCAUAAACUGUUGGAUGGAUUUGGAAAGUGACCAUGUAAGUCGCGUUGAUGAGGCCAUCGCUCGAACUCUGGUUUGCGGCUUGAUGUCGCUGGAAGGACAUGAAGCUGAUGAUCAGGAAAGCGUCGCUCGAUGGCUUAAUCCCACAGAGGAGGCUACAAGCGCAAGUACCAAUUUGGCUUUGCUUGGUGAUGCAGUUGAUGCAGCCUUUACACAUUACUCAAAAACAUCACACGAGAUGGAGGAAAACAUGCCAGAAGCCUUGAUAAAUCUAAAAGAAGGAGAUCCUUCUUUGAGACACUGCCAAGCUAGCAAGAGAAAUACCUUAAAGGAACAGUUUCAAAGAAAUGUUGAUUCCGAUGAAAAGAAUGGGGGUGAUGCGAGUGUAAACAUGGGUGAGAAAGCAUCACACGUUGAGGCGAUGAAUCUAGGAAACACCAAGGGAAUGUCCAGUUACCAACAAACAUCUCAUUCCUAUUAUCCUUCUACCCUUUCAACGCCUCCUAUUACGACAGACCCCAUUGAUGAUGGCAGGUCCACCCAAGGCCUUCUUGUCGAUUCAGACUCCACUUGCGUGAAGCCGGGUGGUGGGCAGAGUGGAAUGGAGGGUAAGGACCGAGGGCAAAAUCAGUCGAACUCUGUCAAACGAAUUAAGCUUUGUGACAAUGUUACCAUACCCGGGAGUGGGAUGAUGGUUGCUAGGCAGUCGGUGUUCCCUGUUCCCUGCCAUGGGUCUGUUACCCAGCUUACCGCAUCACGCAGAGCUAAUGACUGUGCUAAUUUGAAAAUUGAGCAAGAGACCGGCGUGCCCUCCAGCGCUACGCUUGAGACUUCAGAUUCAUUUGUUGAUGUUACCAUGGCAACACUGGUUGAAUGCUUGACACAGCCAAAUAUAAUUGCUUUACUGAGGGAAGGACUGCUAGAGAAGGUGCGGGAUAAACAACAAACUAGAACACCUGAUGAUUAGUGGAGGAAAUAAAUUUCAUCAAUCUUAAUAAUUACUGCUAGUAUUACAUGUAUCUCUGGGAUACUGCGAGUUGGGAUAUCAUACACAACUCUUUAUUAUGAGAAAUUAUUCUAUUUUUAUAGCUUUUCAUUUUGACUUUGCAAUAGGGAAAAGAUAUUCUCAGAACUCGGCCUAUUUCAAGUAUCAGGGUAUACAUUUGAUUUGAUUUGAUAUUUUGAUGUGAUUUUGAUUGGAUGUGAUGUUGUGAGAUAAUUCAACAUAACAACUUGCUGUUGUGAUGUUGAAUAAUCUUGGAUUUUUAGAUGAAGAUUUUAAGUUACGGAUGAUUUGAUAGAUUUAUGCAAAAUCAAAAAAUUCAAAUUUUUGGGAAAAGGUCAUAUACACUUUUGAGAGAAAAUGUUAAUUGCACUAGGAUUCUAAUUUUUAAUUAUCAAGAAACUUAAUGGGCGAUUAAUUGAGCAUGUAUGACGUCUGCAGUUUCUUUCCUUGUAGGAGUUCUUCGAAUGAUAAUUUAAAUAUCCUCAAUUAAUGACAUUAUA